CUUCCAGGUUCAGCAAGAACCUGGAGCCGGGGGCGUUAGAUCUGCGCUGUUGGGUCUUACUCCGAAGCUCCGCCUUCUCCCCGGUUUUUCUAGAAACCCGGGUUUGAUCUUGGCAGUGUCGUACAGCGUCCGAGACGCGUGCGUGGAUCUCCCCAUGGCAGAAACGGCCCCGAACGGCCCCCAAGGGGCGGGCGCAGUGCAAUUCAUGAUGACCAAUAAACUGGACACGGCCAUGUGGCUUUCUCGAUUGUUCACAGUUUACUGCUCUGCUUUGUUUGUUCUGCCUCUUCUUGGGUUGCACGAAGCUGCCAGCUUCUACCAGCGCGCUCUGCUGGCCAACGCCCUCACCAGCGCGCUGCGGCUGCACCAGAGACUCCCGCACUUCCAGCUCAGCAGAGCGUUCCUGGCCCAGGCCUUGUUAGAAGACAGCUGCCACUACCUGUUGUACUCCCUCAUCUUUGUCAAUUCCUACCCUGUUACAAUGAGUAUUUUUCCUGUGUUGUUAUUCUCUUUGCUUCAUGCGGCCACAUAUACGAAAAAGGUUCUUGAUGCGAAGGGUUCAAAUAGUUUACCUUUGCUGAGAUCUGUCUUGGAUAAACUAAGUGCUAAUCAACAGAAUAUUCUGAAAUUCAUUGCUUGUAAUGAAAUAUUCUUGAUGCCUGCUACAGUUUUUAUGCUUUUUAGUGGUCAAGGGAGUUUGCUCCAGCCUUUUAUCUACUAUAGAUUUCUCACUCUUCGGUAUUCCUCUCGAAGAAAUCCGUAUUGUCGGACCUUGUUUAAUGAACUGAGGAUUGUUGUUGAACAUGUAAUAAUGAAACCUGCUUGCCCGCUGUUUGUGAGAAGACUUUGUCUCCAGAGUAUUGCUUUUAUAAGCAGAUUGGCACCAACAGUUGCGUAGUUUAACAUCCAGCUAAGUUAUAUAUAAUAUAAAUAAGCAUUAUUAGCAGUUGGUACUUCUGCUAGGGGUUGUUAAUUCCAGGUGUAAAACUGACCUCAAUACAAUUUACAUAAUUUACAUAAAUGCAUCUCAACGGAAAAGUAAUCAUUUUUCUGGCAUGUUAAAUCAAGCCUUUUAAAAAGUUCCCCAAGAAAAUUUUACUGUGCUGUGUUGUUAAUGAUUAUGGAAGUUUCUGUCAUGUGGUAAAUGUAUCAGAAAUGUUUUUAAAUGCUGCUGUGCCUUUAUCAUGAAGUACAUUUAUUUCUCUUGUAAAAGCAGGUUUAAAAUUUCUUUCAACCUAAUGGGUACCCUGAAUUUAUAUCUGGCAUGAUUUCAUCGUGGUAAUAUUAACAUACAUGAAUUCAUUAUAUUUUGAGACAGUAUUCUUUUGUCAUUCAGUAAUUUUAGUUGAUGAUCUUAAAAGAAGCAUUUACUAUUUAAUUUCAAAUUGUUAUUAAUUGAUUUUGUGCUGCUUUGUUAGGGUUUAUUUGGAUGUACCAUUAUAAGAGGAAUUCUGCAUGCGUCUUACACUGUGACCCUCCAGAAUUUUAUUUCCAUAAUUACUUAAUGUGGCUUUGAAUAUUUUUUUUAAAGGCUGAACUGUUAAGCUUUUUAGCCAAUUGGGUAAAUAUCUGGCGUCACUACUGUUUCGGAGAGCAGGUAGUUCACAGCUUUCCUUGCGGAGACCCACUAAAGUAAUCUUUCUCAACUAGGAAACUAGGAAGCCCUGUUACAAAUGUAGACACGUAGAUGAUCAGUAUCAAAGUAGUUUAUAGAGUUACCUAGACGAGAUUCUUGACUGCCAGUUCUCUCGGUUUCUUAGGCUUGAAUUUUCAUAGACAGUUGCAGCAGCUCAGACGUCUUUUGCAAGGAAUGUAACUGAAGAUUGAGCAUAUGCCUGUGUUCGGUGUCUGUUCUGAAAUCAUAAUGAAGAGUAUCCUGUAGAUUACAUACUUACCAUCAAAUCUGAUUUAAAAGGUUAAGUGGAGAGGUUUAUAGGUAAGAUCAUUGAUUGGGGAGGGGGCUGGAGAGGACUCGUGAGGAAUAGUGUGCAUUUUAAUUUCAUAAUGCAUAGGUAAAAUUGGGAGUAUAAUAUGUUGAAUCCUGUUUGUUGAGCUGCCGUCAACUUCUUUAUAAAAUUCAUUCUGAUCUUUA